CGAAUCGCGACCUCCAAGAACACCACAAGUUGAUUUGUGAGGUCAAUAAUGGGGGACUUGGCGGCAAGCGAGGUCAGAGGCGGGAUCAAGAUCGCCAUUGAUCGCGGAGGGACGUUCUGCGAUGUCAUUGCAAUUGUCCCUGGCCGAGACGAUAUCGUGCUCAAAUUGCUCUCUGUUGACCCAGAGAACUACGAUGAUGCGCCUACAGAAGGCAUCAGGAGAGUCCUCGAAAUUGUCGAAGGUCGAAAGAUACCGAGAGGUGAGAAGAUUGACUUGUCACGCGUUUCGUCAGUACGCAUGGGUACGACCAUUGCCACGAACGCACUGCUGGAACGCAAAGGCGAACGAACAGCCCUGCUCACCACCAAGGGAUUCAAAGACUUGCUCCGAAUCGGAAAUCAAGCUCGACCAGAUAUCUUUGAUUUGAGCUGCGCGAAGCCUGAGGUACUUUACGAAAAGGUGAUUGAGGUGAACGAGCGUGUUACGUUAGAAGGAUAUGCUGAAGAUCCCGAAAAAGUCAAAGUCGACCCUGAGACUAGUGAUGACUUGACUAAAGGAAUCACGGGUGAGACUGUACGCAUCAUCAAGGCAUUAGACAAAAAUGAAGUUCGUCAGAGUCUCGAAGAACUUUGGGCAGAAGGCUUCCGAUCAAUUGCCAUUGUCUUGGCUCACUCUUUCACAUAUCCACAACACGAAGCAAUCAUCACAGAGAUGGCAGAAUCCAUGCGCUUUUCGACAUCCACCAGCUCAACACUCAUGCCCAUGAUCAAGAUGGUCCCGCGCGGCACCAGCGCGACAGCGGAUGCCUACUUGAGCCCGAAGAUCAAGGGGUAUCUUACAGCUUUUGGCCAGUCUUUCAAAGGUGGACUAAGUCAGAGCCGUACAACGUUUGAGUUCAUGCAGUCUGAUGGUGGUAUGGUCAAUUUCGACCGCUUUAGUGGUCUCAAGGCAAUCUUGAGCGGUCCAGCUGGCGGUGUGGUUGGCUAUGCGCAGACAUCCUAUGAUGCUCAGGAGAAGCCUUGCAUUGGUUACGAUAUGGGCGGAACGAGUACCGAUGUGUCACGAUACGCAGGCAUGUACGAGCACGUCUUUGAAACGACCACCGCGGGAGUUACAAUCCAAAGUCCACAGCUGGACAUCAAUACUGUUGCUGCUGGCGGUGGCUCAAUGCUAUUUUACAGGAACGGUAUGUUUGUCGUUGGACCUGAAAGUGCCUCUGCCCACCCAGGACCGGCGUGCUACAGGAAGGGUGGACCACUCACGGUCACGGACGCUAAUCUCCUGUUGGGAAGACUGUUGCCUGAAUAUUUUCCGAAGAUCUUUGGUCCGACUGAAGAUCAACCGCUCGACGUGGAUGUUACGCGAUCCAAAUUUGAAGCCCUAACAGCAGACAUCAACGCUGAGAAGGAAGGUGAUGCCCUGAGCGUCGAAGCUGUCGCCGAAGGCUUCCUUAAAGUGGCAAAUGAAGCGAUGAGCAGACCUAUCCGCACCUUGACUGAAGCGAGAGGCUUCUAUUGUGGCAAUCAUUACCUUGCCUCAUUUGGGGGUGCUGGAGGGCAACAUGCUUGCUCGAUCGCAAAUUUGCUCAAAAUCAAGCGCAUCAUUAUCCACAAGUAUUCCAGCAUUUUGUCUGCCUAUGGCAUGGCACUUGCUGACGUUGUGACUGAAGUGCAAGAACCUACGGCAAACGAAUGGAACGACGAUACCAAAGCAGGCCUUGUCCGCGAUCUUGAGCACUUGGUAGAGCGAGCAAAGCGUGAGCUCUUGUCUCAAGGAUUCAACAAGGACAGGCUCAGAGAAGAAGUGUACCUGCACAUGAGAUACCAAGGUUCGGAUUCAGCCUUGAUGGUUCUCAAGCCAGAAAAUGACUGGGACUACGGCAAGGCUUUCGUAAGGAGGCAUCAGGAAGAAUUCGGGUUUACCAUGCAGAGACCUAUUCUCGUGGACGACCUCAGAGUGCGUGGUAUUGCCCGCGGACUCGAUCGCUCGAAUAACACACCCUUCAACGAACUACGGACUCUGAAGACUCGAGUGGUUGCCACCAGUGAAAGAACGAGUAGAGUCUACUUUAAUUCCACAGGCUGGAUCGAUGCGCCCGUAUAUCAGCUGCCAGACCUGCAGCCUGGCGACCAAGUGCAAGGUCCUGGCAUCAUCAUUGACCAAACCCAGACUAUUGUGCUCCAACCAGAGACCAUCUGCACCACAACCAGCAAACACUGCGUCAUCGACGUUCAGAAUGUGCCGUCAAUGGAUCUCGAUGACAAGACCGUGGAUCCCAUCCAACUCAGCGUCUUUGGACAUCGAUUUAUGGCUAUUGCGGAACAGAUGGGCCGAACUUUGCAGCUCACGUCGGUGUCGACCAACAUCAAGGAACGACUCGACUUUAGCUGUGCCAUCUUUUCUGAGGACGGAGCACUUAUUUCCAAUGCACCGCAUGUCCCCAUCCACCUCGGCUCCAUGGGUGCUGCAGUACAUUACGCGCACGACUUUUGGAAGGACAACUUUAAGCCAGGCGAUGUAGUCUGCUCAAAUCAUCCUUUGGCAGGCGGAACGCAUCUUCCUGACAUCACAGUCAUCACUCCUGUAUUUGACGAGGCAGGUAAACGAAUUGUCUUUUAUGUCGCCUCACGGGGUCACCACGCUGAUAUUGGUGGCAUUACGGCUGGCUCAAUGCCGCCACACUCCAAGCAAUUGUUCCAAGAAGGUGCCGCCAUCAAAAGUAUGAAGCUUGUGUCACAGGGCCAGUUCGACGAGGAAGCCGUGACCAAGGCGCUGCUAGAGGAUCCAGCUCAGUAUGACGGCUGCAGUGGCACGCGUUGUCUGACUGACAAUUUGAGUGAUCUCAAGGCGCAGGUCGCUGCCAACAACAAGGGUAUCACUCUCAUGAAUGGCUUGAUUCAGGAGUUUGGCUUGUCUGUUGUACAAUUCUACAUGCGCGAGAUUCAGAACAAUGCCGAGUUAUCUGUACGGAACCUACUGCGACAAGUAUGCAAAACGUCUGGCACGACGCUUCAAGCAGUCGACCAUCUCGAUGACGGUUCGCCCAUUUCGCUCAAAAUCAGCAUCAACGCAGAGGAGGGCAGCGCUGUAUUUGACUUUACCGGGACAGGUCAAGAAAUGUACGGCAAUUUGAAUGCACCAAAGGCUGUCACUACUUCUGCUAUCUUGUACUGCUUGCGAUGUCUCAUCAAUGUCGCUAUUCCCCUCAAUCAAGGCUGCUUGGUGCCGAUCAAUAUUGUCAUCCCAGAAGAUUGCCUGCUCUCCCCCUCAGAAACUGCUGCUGUCGUAGGAGGCAACGUGCUCACCUCUCAGCGGCUGGUCGAUGUCAUCUUCAAAGCCUUCGAAGCGUGUGCCGCCAGUCAAGGAUGCACAAACAACCUGACCUUUGGCACUGGAGGCAAGCAAGCCGAUGGCAGUCAUAAAUUUGGUUUUGGCGUCUAUGAGACAAUCGCUGGUGGUGCUGGAGCCGGUCCUACAUGGCACGGACAAUCUGGUGUUCACACGCACAUCACCAAUACGCGAAUCACGGAUGUUGAGGUCUUUGAGCGACGCUAUCCAAUUGUACUGCACCAAUUUGGCCUUCGUACUGGUUCUGGUGGCAAUGGACAGCAUCAAGGCGGAGAAGGUGUCAUUCGCGAAAUCGAAUUCAGAAUUCCAGUGCAAGUGUCCAUCUUGUCUGAACGCCGUGUCUUUCAGCCAUAUGGUCUCAAUGGCGGUGAGCCUGGUGCGGUUGGGAAAAACACUUGGAUACAAGGAAACACUGGCCGGCACAUCUACCUCGGUGGCAAAAACUCGGUUGCUAUGGAAGCAGGUGAUCGCAUUCGCAUUGAGACGCCGGGUGCAGGAGGAUGGGGUAAAGUGGGGGCAACGGCCACUGUGGCGAACAAAGAAGCUCAGCAUCCGCGGGCGAGUGGAUCACUGGCUGAACGGCACGCUGCAGGACAGAGCAGUACAUAGUUGACGAAUAGUUGACGAAAGUGGAUACCUAGUGCCAUAUGCAAUGAUUAUUACUACUGCUUA